AUGUAUUCAUUAUCUAGAAGAUCAUUGCUCCAACAAGUUAGUAAGAGAGCUUCAACUACAAUCAUACCAUCUGCAUCAUACCUACCAGUUCGUUAUGUUUCUACUAAAGAAUUAACUCCUCAAACAUUACCAACUGAUUUCCCAUUAAUGUCAGAAAAGAAGGCAACUAAUGCUGCUGAUUAUGUUUUAACUUCAUUAGAUGCUAUUGCUAAUUGGGCUAGAAAAUCUUCAUUUUGGCCAGUUACUUUUGGUUUAGCUUGUUGUGCAGUUGAGAUGAUGCAUGUCUCUGCUCCAAGAUAUGAUCAAGAUAGAUUGGGUAUUAUUUUCAGAGCUUCACCUCGUCAAUCAGAUAUUAUGAUUGUUGCUGGUACUUUAACUAAUAAAAUGGCACCAGCUUUAAGACAAGUUUAUGAUCAAAUGCCAGAUCCAAAAUGGGUUAUUUCUAUGGGCUCAUGUGCUAAUGGUGGUGGUUAUUACCAUUAUUCUUAUUCUGUUGUUAGAGGUUGUGAUAGGGUUGUUCCUGUUGAUAUAUAUGUUCCAGGUUGUCCUCCAACUGCUGAAGCUUUGAUGUAUGGUGUUUUCCAAUUACAAAAGAAGAUGAUGAAAACUAGAAUCACUAGAUUAUGGUACAGAAGUUAG